AAUUCAUGACUGGUAUUUGGAUUGAUUCUUGAAAUCUAUAGCUAUAAUUUUUACUUUUAGGAAACAGAUUUGCCACUUAAAUUAAAAACAAAUAGUUUCAAAGUUUUUAAACCACUUUAUUGCAAGUAAAGAGCCCUGUAGUGUGUAGUGUACUAGGUAGUGAUGCUGCCUUCUGCUGGUGCUGCACUGCUUCACCGGCCCGUGCAGAGAUGGCGAGGAAACCCCGUGGACACGGCACUGCUUUUUCAUGACGGUGUAAUGGAUGAUGAAGACGAUCGACGUCUUCUGGAUUUUAUAGGAGAUGUGCAAGCAUUGAAUGAGUAUCUUCAUGGUUCCAAUAGUAAAACUAUUGGAGAAGAUGAUGUGACAAAUGCAGCAUAUGGAUCUGCCAGCGAGUUCUUUACUGGUGACACUAGUGGCUCAAAUGAAGGACUCAAAGAUGACCACAAUCAUUUGGGAGAGUUUGGGGGUGCUGGCGGAGCUGAGCUUCAGCUCUCAAGCAGUCUCCCAUUCAUGGAUGAUGAGCUUGAAGGUGGACCUUCACCGGGUGAUGUCGACCUUGAGGGUGAAGACCAACCCUUUGACAUCCUCCAGAAGUCCCUGCUGGAAGCAGAUAUUACAGAGCAGACAUUGGCUCAAGAAGCCCUUUUGGACUCCCAACCAUCUCUCAUUCCCACAGCUAAUGCCUUCCCUCAGCAGCUGGUCUCUGGAGGGUUCGGAGGUGUUGCAGGUCCUGGUGUGGUGGCUGCUGGGGUGCAACCUCAGACUUUUAUCCAGCAGGUUCCCCAGCUGUCAAACGGCCCCACCGGACACAUCCAGGUGGUGGGGUCCUUUAACGGCAGUGCCUCCUCUAUGAUGACUAUCAAUAGUUUGGAACAACCUCAGAUACUUUUGAGACCAAGUGGAAAUGUAGUGGCAAACAACAGUGGGCAGGGUGCCAUGUUUGCACCGUCCACAACAAAUCAGAUGUCAAUGUCCUUUAAUAAAGGGACAAUACCAGUCCAAAACAUUAUCAUCCAGAGAGGCCCUACACAACAAACUUUGGUUCGAUCCAUUCAGCCCAAACCCCUACAGACAGGGGCACAAACUGUAUACAGUAUCAGCAACGUCGGGCUUCAGCCCAGCUCCACUGCUGCUACAAAUUUAGUCAGUAGCCCUUACACGACCAGUGUAGUCAAUCCAGCCAGCAACAUUGUAAUGCAUUCACCCCUGGGGCAACAAGCACAGCCCCAAUCCAGUCAAUUCUUGGUACCGAGUACUAUUUCACUAACUACUGGUACCACUGUUCACAGCUUCCAGGCUGUGAAUGGACAGGUGAUACAAACGAACACUCAAGUGGGUGACCCGUCAUCAGUGUGCACUACCACCUACUCAAUCCUGACCAAUCAGAGCACAGCAGUGCAGCUUAUUUCAGGCCAGAACUUUUCAGCUGGAGGACAGUUGAUUGUAAAUCAAGGUUUGGUCAGUGGAAGUCAGGCUUCUCCGACACCUGUUGUACAAAGACAGGGUGCAACCACCAAAGUUUGGACCGCCAAUGCAUCGCCUAGCCCGACUCCCAUGCAGACAUCACAGAGCUCAGUCCCCCUUACCAUGGUCAAUUCUGGUGUCCACCAAGUUUGUCAGCAGUUAUCGGUCACCCCUGGACAACACAUCCUUUUGCCUGUAGCUCAGAGCAGCCCAGCAUCUUCUGGAAUUCAGGACACCACAGCAGGCCAGACGCAAUUAGUUAAUCUCCUUGGUACCAAAGCUAUGAAAACACUAACUCCUGCCCAUCUGGAAUCACCUCUCAUCCUGAAGCGACCUGCAACUUAUCAGCUUACCAGAGGAGGAAUGGUCCUCCAGCAGCUCAGAAAAGAUCACAAUGGAGUCAUGUCUCCAGAGCGGACGCCCUUCUUUUCCUUCCCUGAUGUCAUUGAGAGAUUACUGGCCUAUCAUGUUUUCCAAGGCUCGCAGCCACAGGAUGAAGAUUUUACCAAAGUUGACGAGGAGUUUGAGGAAGUUGCCACGCAGGUUUUGAAAAAGACGCAGACCAUGGUAGACAAGUACAGGCGUCUUCUCAUGGUGGAGGCAGAGAGGUCAAGCCCUUCGUCAGAAAUGGUGAUGAUUGACAGGACAUUUAACCAAGAGGAGCGGGGCAACUUGACCCAAGACAAGCGAACGGUAUUAGUGGAUCCAGAUGCUUUCAUGGAAGACUUCUGCUGUGGCCCUAAGAGGAGGUGUCCAAGUCCUGAGGUGAUGACCGCAGCCAGCCAUGAGGAAAACCCCAGCGAAUUGGGAUCAUCCCCGCAACAUUCCACAAUUCACAAGGAUUGUCAGGGAACGAACAGCCACACGGAACCUGCCUAUAGGACAGACUCCCAACCAGAUAAAGAAAUAGAGGAACACAGAAGAAGCCCUAUCAAGUUCAUCCUGGACAUGAAAAAAUUAAAAGCAAGAAACCUCAUCAGCAGCAGUCAUCAUCCUCAUUACCCUGCAUCUCCCAGCCAAUCACAGCAUAGCCCUGCCCAAGGCUACCAUUCAGACAGGGGUCGGAGUCACGAACAGCAACCUCCCUCGGAUCAGUCUCACGCGUCAUCGGCUGACACGGACUCUGUGCUGGAAGCCGCCGUGAAUAGCAUCUUAGAAUGUUAGACAGUGCCAUAUUUACGUUAGUUUCAUGUUAGCCGCGUGUCAUUUCAUGCCAUUUCUGUGCAGGAUGAAGUUCAUGAGUUGGCAUUAUACAAAAUGCACACGGCGGGUCGAGGAAUAUAGGACUUAUGAUGGUGAUACUCUAAUACUGUGCCUGUUGUUCUAGAGCAGUUUACACGAGAAAGCCUUUUUUGACAAUGCGUCACAGGAUGCAUUUGCAAUCACAUACAUCAAUAUAUUCACAUAAACACAAUCAUGCAGUACGUUUGGUGUGAAGUUUGGAAUGUCAUAGGUAGACAUUGGUAUUCGUAGCUUAUUCUGUAUCAAAUACAUUUGAUAGUCUGUCCGCACUUAAGGUUGCUCAAUAUAUCCUCAAGGUAGAUUUUGACCAGGCGAGGCACGCGAACACAUCGGCACGUUUUGUUAUUUUUGAGCAUUAGCUCGCUGUGCUCAUUUUUUUACUUUUGUUUUAGUUUUGUACCUUACAGGUAUGUGAUCCCUCCACAGAGACAAAACUUGCAUGGUUUUGUGGAGGGGAAGUUAAGUCCUCAGAUUGAGGGUACAAUGUUACAGUUUUAUCUUUUUUUUUUCGCUCGACUUCAUUUUUUUUAAUGAUGCUUUUUUGCUAAAUUUGUCCUGCUCCCUGUCUGGAGUAAAUAUGUUCUGUUGCGCACCUCAAAAAACGUCCAAGUCACAUUUCAGUGUGAAAUCAAAAGACAAAAAUGGACUGAAUUGGAUUUUAUAAAAAAAAAAGGACUUUGUGAUGUUACUGUCAUGACACUUAGGCACACCCCAAGAGAGUAAUGUCAUACAGUACUUUAUACUGUACAAAAGAAAUACUGUACUAUUGUUUUAAGUUGAUAUGAAUCAACAUAAAUUAAAAACGGUACCAAAAAUAUGAUCUAUACUUUGCGAUUUAUUGUGUUUUAUGGGUAUUAUAGCCACAUAUUUUUUUGCUUAUCUGUCAUGAAAAUAAUGUCACAAGGCAAUGGUCAAUAAUACGGAGCCCCUAAGGGGACAUGGAGCAAAAAUUAAAUAAAGUUUAGUUUCGCGUGCGCACGUGAAACUUUCGCGUGAGCACGCGAAACAAAACUUUAAAAAAAAAUCUGCACCUGAAGGUUUCGUGUGAGGGAAACUUAACUUUAGAUUUUUUUUACUCCAUUGUCACCUUAGGGGCUCGGUACAAUUAUGUUUGAAUUUAUUAUUUAUUUUUCUUUUUAACCACGACUGAUUCUUUGCAGGUUUUGGGAGAUUCAUCAACACAAAUUGUUUAAAACCUUUUCCCCUGCUGGUCAGGUUGUAGUCUGCAGUUUGCAGUUUCUGCCCCUAGUGGCGUCUUUUAUUUGCACAGGUGAAAAUGACCUUUAUGGUAAUUUUACACUUAGAGAAAACCCUGCAGAUCUCUUUUCAUUAUUUAAGUUUUAUGGGACUCAAUUGGUGUAGGCAGAAUUGGUGCCAUCAGCGCAUAAUCACAUUUUCAUCAGUCUCUAAUAAGAGAUAACAGAUUUGUGAAGUUUUGUUGAAGGAUGUGUUCAGAUCUGACACACAGUUGCCCCAUUUUAAUUUCUAAAGUACUAAAUCAUUUUUAAAAGGAGAAUAUUUACAUAUUUGUUCACAUAUCUGUGCCAUUACAAAGUCUGUCAGCUACAACGAUCGUAAUGUGACUAAACAUAGCAAGGAGUUUCCAUUAACAUCCAUUAAAAAGCCCAAGGUCGCCAGGUUAUUGCAUUGUUUUUGCAUCAUGAACACUAACUUCCACUGUCUUUUUUCCAGCAAUGCAACCAAAAAUAGACAGAAAAUAAAUAAGAUGCAAUGCUUUACAACAUAAUUCAGUUUGUUAGCAUUAGGUAAUGCAAUUUGUUAAUCCUGGUUAAUGUUAUUUCACGAUUCAAUUGUAAUAUUGUUAACGUUUUGUAUGAAUUAGCAAUGAUCAAUAGUAUAUUUAUUAUUAAACUUUAACCUAGAUUAAUAAAUCUAAGAAAAAUGAUCAUUGUAAGGUCAUAAUACCCAAUGUUAAAGGGUUGAAUUAUGUUUUUAAGCAUUACCCAAGUUAAAUAUCCUCCCUGAUCUGAGCUUCAGCAUUUGGUAACUUAUAAGGGAGCAACUGUGAAGACCUUCAUUUGAAGAGCUUCUUUGCCUUAGGACAAAGCGAGUAAAAAACAACUAGUAUCAUUUGUUUUUACUGCGUUUUAUUGUGCGAGUGUGGCCUUUGAUUAUUGUAACACUCGUUGCUUUCAACCUUUUAUUUUCUGCAUCACUCGAAACUUGAUUUGUAAUGUUUGUAUUACAAAAUAGAAACAUGAAACACAAAUAUUUAUACUUUUUGUAAAGGAAAAUAAUGUUAAAGUUAUUUUUAUUAUGUUAGGUAUGUGCUCACGUCAUACUGUAUGUGAUCAGUUCUUUAUUUGUUGUUUUUGUGAGUGUUCAUUACAGCAACAAAGAUAAAUCAAUAUUAAAUACAAUUUUGAAUACAGAAAAUAUUUCUUAAUGUCUGCAUUUUUAUUGCUUAAUUAUUAUUUGGAAGUAUGGUUAAAUUAAACAACUGAAAAUGAAAAUAUGUCCACAGUGACAAUAAAUAUUUCAUAUUUUCA